CUUUCCUCGGGCCGCUUCAGACUUUUGAUCACCUUGAUAACAUCGGCCACAACGGCCACAACACUCUCCCUCCCCGCUCUCUUCUCCCCACAUCAUGUCCCCUCCCUCGGGCUCCCCAGCAUCGGCCCAGUGGCACGCAGUGACACCACAUACCCGUCCCCUAUCCAUAUCAAUACUCGAGCUGGCACCCACCUCCGUCACCCUUGCUCUCACCAGGUCACCCCCUCUCCCCAACGUCACUCCUGCACAGCACGUUGUGCACUCGCUCGUGCAUAACCACCAUCAUUGCGGAAAGAAGAAGAAGAAGCACCGCAAGCCUGAGAGCGACGAAAACGAUGACGAGGAAGAUUCGGGCUCGAGCUCGCACGUCCCCGGCGCUUAUCCCAGCCUGCUCUCUGAGGGGCAGACCUUCAAAGACAUGCUGAGUCACGGCGUCGUGGUCACGCUGGAUGGAAUGCCGUGGUCUCGGAUUGUCGCGCACGUAAGCGACGACGCUGAGGAAGAGGAGACGCCGGACGACGACGAAGAGUGGGAGGACGAGGAAGACGCACACGAAGAGGAGACCGUUGGGACAACAAGCGGAACGGCACCUCACGCCGCGCGCCGGAGAAAGGGUCGACGCCCAUCUCACGGGCCAACACGUCGUCCAAAGACCAACGAUAAGCCGUCCGGGGCACAUAGAUGGGACCGCGAGCGCGCUGUAGUCGUGGUAUACGACCUCGAUCCCAGCAAGGAGCACGAGAUCGAGCUCCAAAUUGUUGGUCUUGCGGGUGAAAUUAAGGAAGGUCUUCUUCCCGUAUCCAACACUGUCCUCAUUCCGCCCGCGUCGCCCAAUAACUCGAGUCUGCACCCUAGAUCUCGCGCCAACUCGCUCCGGUCGCGGUCUAGACCACGAUCACGGUCGAAUUCAGUGAACACGCAGGCGCAGCCUGGACCGUCUCCACUAGCGAACACUGAGCCAGCAUCACCUAAUCGCUCCUCCACGCCCAUACCGGACACUGCUGUCGUCCCGACCUCAAUCUUGAGUCCGCACGACGCACAGACUGCCCAAACGCGACAUCUCAUCGCAGCGGCGCACGCAGAGCGCGAACUCUUGCAGGUGCAGAUCAAGGAGGCGCGGAAAACGGCGCAGCGCUCUGAAGCGGCUCUCAAAUCGGAGAUUGAGUCGCUGAAGAAGAGUAACGAGAAGGCCGGGUCCAACGAUCAGAGGAACAAGCAAAAGUACCUUGCCUUGCAAGAGCAAGUGAAGCAAGGCUUGGCUGCGGCAGAGGCCGCCAACGCAGAGACGAAGGAAGUGAAGGCGGGUGUGCCAGAGCUCGAGAAGCGUCUAGAAGAGGUCUUGAGUGAUCUGGAGGGGGUCAAGGGCGAGUGGGAGGGCGUCAAGAAGGCGGAGGACGAGGCGCGGGAGGCGGACAAGAAGAAGCGCGCGGACGAAGACAAGAAGCUCUCUGACAUUGGAAACAAGGUCGACAAAGUGCGCGCCAAGCGUGACCGGAAGGAGGCUGAGCGUGCUGAGCUCGCAAAGAAGCUGGAAGAGCUAGAGCGCGCACGCGAGGAUGUUGAGCGCAAAGCCGAGGAGGAAAAGACUAUGCGCAGGCAAGGGUAUUAUCCAGGCCACUGGAAUGGCCAGCAUCACGGCGGGUUCGACAGCCGGCCACUUUCGGCCCAUCCGAGCAUGAACAACCUUCACCAGGGCGGCAAUUACACUGGGCCAGGCUUCCGACCUCGCGGUGGCUUCUCUCAUCGCUAUCCCUCGGGUGGGCGGCCGCCUCCCGCCGCAAGUCCAACGGUGGGCAAUUUCUACGAGUCGUAUGGCCGCCCGCGUCCGGCGCCAAAUCCGACAGCCGCUCCUUUCCACCCCGGCAACUUCUCCCCGCCUACAGCACAACCCCAAGCUACUCCAUCGGCCCCGACGUUCGACUCGGCCAUCCACACGGCCUUGACUCCCCCACAAUUCCAGCACCGCAUCUACCUGCCGAACGUCCGGCCUCGCCCAACCCCAAACUUCCACCCUCCUCCCUCUGUCAUCGCGGCGCAAGCCGAGAAGACGGCCUUUCCUCCUCUGUCCGGUGCCGCGCGCCCACCCGCGCCCACGGCCGGCCCAAGCCUCGCGAGCAUCGUGACGCGCGCUGUGCUUGCUCCAGGCAGUGAGUUUAAGAAUCUCGCGCCCGGCGCUCCCGGUGUGCCCGGGCAGGCGCCGCCGACCAACGCCGCACCGGGGGCGGGCCGGCCGACGGUCAGCCCGACGCUCGCGAACGCGAGUGUGCGCGGCGACUUCCCAAGUUUGUCGCCGACUGCGGGCCUGUUUGCGCCAACACGGCAGCGCACCCCUCCAUCACACCCACCGUCUCAUCCGCCAUCACAUCCGCCGUCCCAUCCGGCGUCUCAUGGCUCGGCUGAGGGUGCCUGAGCUGUACUCGCGUCUUGUUCGGCUUAGUGCACAGCAUACUGCUUAUACUCGAUGCAAAUUAUUGUACAUGUUCCG